AUGUCAGUGCUGCUUGAUAGGCACAGGGCUCCCACAAACAGCAUGUCAGUGCCGAUUGAUGGACACAGGGCUCCCACACACAGCAUGUCAGUGCCGAUUGAUAGACACAGGGCUCCCACACACAGCAUGUCAGUGCCGAUUGAUGGACACAGGGCUCCCACACACAGCAUGUCAGUGCCGAUUGAUGGACACAGGGCUCCCACACACAGCAUGUCAGUGCUGCUUGAUAGACACAGGGCUCCCACACACAGCAUGUCAGUGCCGAUUGAUAGACACAGGGCUCCCACACACAGCAUGUCAGUGCCGAUUUAUGGACACAGGGCUCCCACACACAGCAUGUCAGUGCCGAUUGAUGGACACAGGGCUCCCACACACAGCAUGUCAGUGCCGAUUGAUAGACACAGGGCUCCCACACACAGCAUGUCAGUGUCGAUUGAUGGACACAGGGCUCCCACACACAGCAUGUCAGUGCCGAUUGAUGGACACAGGGCUCACACACACAGCAUGUCAGUGCCGAUUGAUAGACACAGGGCUCCCACACACAGCAUGUCAGUGCCGAUUGAUGGACACAGGGAUCCCACACACAGCAUGUCAGUGCCGAUUGAUGGACACAGGGCUCCCACACACAGCAUGUCAGUGCCGAUUGAUAGACACAGGGCUCCCACACACAGCAUGUCAGUGUCGAUUGAUGGACACAGGGCUCCCACACACAGCAUGUCAGUGUCGAUUGAUGGACACAGGGCUCCCACACACAGCAUGUCAGUGCCGAUUGAUGGACACAGGGCUCCCACACACAGCAUGUCAGUGUCGAUUGAUGGACACAGGGCUCCCACACACAGCAUGUCAGUGCCGAUUGAUGGACACAGGGCUCCCACACACAGCAUGUCAGUGCCGAUUGAUGGACAAAUGCCCAAUAGAGUGCCCGAUAAAAAAAAUAGGUUUUCUUAGAAAGCGUAAAUGUCCAUCAUUUCACGCAAAGCAUCAAUUCAUAUCGCUUGGCUUGAAGUCAAAUUUAUUUAGCCUCGUCUCCAAGCUACUCUCGGUGAGCUAUACAUCUUUUCAGAUACUUUCUCCAAAGAUGGUCACAGUCAUAUUGAAAAUUACCCAAAAGACCCUGGGGACGAGGUUGGGAUCUAUACUCAUUCGAAUUCAAAAUGGCGGUCGCUCUAUGAGCUUGCAAGCGCGAAAUCAAAAGGAAGAGGCCAUUUAGUAUUA